CACACAAACAAACUUCCAGGCGGGGUGGACCAGCCGACUGACGUCUCCCCUCUCCCUCCCUCCCUUCAGUUUUAAUUCAGUCAAAUCAUAGCGACCUGGCAGCCGGAGUCACUUACAUGCGUCUUUCCUUCAGAGAGCUAGCAGCACUUUCUGUGUUCGCUUUGUAAGCCCCUGAAAAAGGCCAGAACAUCUGGGGGGGAGUAGUCCCUUAACCGAAGCCAGCUAAGGAGCAGCAGCGGCCCCCGAAAACACACAGAAAUGGACGAAAAGGCGUUUACGAAAGAAAUUGAUCAGUGGAUCGAGCAGCUCAACGAAUGCAAGCAGCUAUCGGAGGGACAAGUGAAAACCUUAUGUGAAAAGGCAAAGGAGAUCCUAACCAAGGAGUCAAAUGUCCAGGAAGUGAGAUGUCCGGUGACGGUGUGUGGUGACGUACAUGGCCAGUUCCACGACCUAAUGGAGCUGUUCAAGAUCGGAGGGAAAUCUCCAGACACAAACUAUUUGUUCAUGGGAGACUACGUAGACAGAGGGUACUACUCUGUAGAAACCGUCACUUUACUUGUAGCACUUAAGGUACGCUACCGGGAGCGCAUCACAAUCCUCAGAGGGAACCACGAGAGCAGACAGAUCACACAAGUGUACGGCUUCUAUGACGAGUGCCUAAGGAAAUAUGGUAACGCCAACGUUUGGAAGUACUUCACAGACCUGUUCGAUUAUCUCCCCCUCACUGCCUUGGUAGACUCUCAGAUUUUCUGCCUUCAUGGAGGUUUGUCACCGUCCAUCGAUACAUUGGAUCACAUCAGAGCACUGGACCGUUUACAAGAAGUGCCCCAUGAGGGUCCCAUGUGUGACCUGCUGUGGUCAGACCCAGACGACCGCGGUGGCUGGGGCAUCUCUCCUCGAGGAGCCGGCUACACUUUCGGCCAGGACAUCUCUGAGACUUUCAACCACGCCAACCGCCUCACAUUGGUGUCCCGUGCCCACCAGCUGGUUAUGGAGGGUUACAACUGGUGCCACGAGAGGAACGUGGUGACAAUAUUUAGUGCUCCCAACUACUGCUACCGCUGUGGCAACCAGGCAGCUAUCAUGGAACUAGACGACACCCUCAAGUACUCAUUCUUGCAGUUCGACCCCGCGCCUCGCCGAGGGGAGCCACAUGUCACUCGCCGCACCCCAGAUUACUUCCUGUAAACUCGUGACCUUUGACCCUUGUACAGUCAGGUCCAGUAUUGCCAUGAUGUAUGACCUUCAACCGAUAAGAACAUGAAUGAGGACGGGGUGGGUGGGAGACUGGGGGUGGGGUUACACAGCAGUGCACAUUGUAUAUCCACACAAAGACCUAUUUAAGCAUUUAGCAAAAACAAUGUCUGUGUGUCUAUAAUGGACCAAACGGUGUGUGCCAUAAUCAUUUCAAUAAUUAAUGCUGAGGACUUGUAUUGAGUAUCUCCUCCAGUAUGUAGAACAACAGUGAUGGUUAAAGCUGCUGUAAGCGUUGUUGUCAUUUUAGCUAACUUCCUGUCUGUUUUGCAGUUAGCAGUCCCCUCCCUCCUCUCUACGUUGCCACACUUGCAGGUUUCUUUUCUUUUUGUUGAAGCGCUUUGCCUCUUUCUUUUCUUCAUAUGUUUUUCUUUGCUCAGCCUGUUAUGUAGUAUAAGCUGUCACCACGAGCGCAGGGAUUGGUAGCUUGCAUUGGCCUGCCAUUGCAUUUUAAUGGUAUCAUCCUGCUGUCCGUGCAUUCACGGGCAGACAGGACCGCCUCUUUGUGAUGUCUGUCCUGAUUGGAAAACAUGCGCAGGGAUACCAGAACAUUUCUCUUUUACUGAAUGAGCAGGGGGAGAGGAGGCAUUGGUUACUGACUAAACACAACAGGACACAGAACUAUUUAACACUUAUUUUAAAAAGGAAAAAAAAUGCUUACAGCAGCUUUAAAUUCCUCAUCCUGUACCUGUGUAGCUGGACUGAUGGCACCGAGGUCCAAGAAGAACAUUUGCUACUUUGAAUGCGGCUGUUUGAACCCCACAUGCCCAUGGCUUAUAUUUAGGAGAUCUGAACAUGAUCUGUUUGCACUUUUGUAAAUCUAAAGAAAUGUAACAUAUGUCAAAAGAAGGAAAUUAUUUCACACUACAGAUGUUUGUUUUUUUUUCUUUUUGAUUAUUUUUUAAAAUGACAAAUAAAGCCCCCAUCAGGCAAGUUUUACACAAGGUUUCUUUGUCCUGCGUGACUUUUAAGGAAAACUCUUCUUCUGCAGUCACCCAGCAUGGUGUAUAUGAUUGACAGAUGAUGGAGUGUUCAUCCGCAUCAACUCACUAACUCCCUCUGAACUACAGAGUCUGUAUUAACCAAACCAUUUGAAUAAUAAAGAUGAAGGUGGCUCCUUGA